AUGGACAGACAGCCAGCUGAUGACGCUCACACCAAGACAACGGAGAAUUGGACACCUGCAUCCGUUCGCUCCGAUGGUUCGGUUCGCAAAUCAAUCCGUAUGCGCCAUGGGGACAGAUAUAUGCAUCCCCGAGCUCGUGAAAGCGAUACAAUUCAGACCAAUUCUCCCCUCCCUGAGUCUGCCGACUUGAUGGACUGUACCAGCGAGCCUUUGACCGCCGAAAUGACCGACUUGAUCUCUUCUAACAACAACAUCACUGAGAACACCAAGUGCCAUGAUGAUGCCCAGGAAGGCAAUGGCUAUAAGAAGGCGACCAAGCGUGAAAUAGAACUCUCCCUCGUGGAGCUUAAACGGAUCAAGCCUGAGAAUGAGGCAGACCUCAUGGAUCUUGAUGGUCCAUAG